AUGACUCGCCUCGCCACCUUUGCUCUUGCAAUUGCACUCUCUGCGCAAUCUGUGUUGGCUGCCGGUGCCUCACAGAAAUUGUACGGAGAAUGUGGUUCUGGUGCCUAUUGCUUGGGAGGAUGUGAUAUGAAAUCAUCUUUCACCGUUGACUCUUGUGUGCCAAUGCCGGCCUGUCAGAGUAAGACAUACAAUUGGGAUGAUUUGAGUAGCGUUGCACCCAACACCAAGUAUCUCGGUGACGCUAGCAAGGCGGAUUGGGUCUCCAGCGGAGAGCCCAAGUCCAGUGGCGGUAACCUGCUGUUGACUAUGGCUCCAAGCACUGUUGGAACCCUCCUAGGCCAUAAUCACUACAUGUGGUAUGGCAAGGCUACCGCUAAGCUAAAGACCAGCAGAGGGCGUGGUGUCGUGACCGCUUUCAUUUUAAUGUCUGAUGCAAAGGAUGAGAUUGAUUUCGAGUUCGUCGGCGCCGAUCUGUCCACUGCACAAACCAACUACUAUUACCAGGGAAUCACCGACUACACACAUGGAAUGAACCAGUCACUUUCGGAUACUUUUAAUAACUAUCAUACCUACGAGAUUGAUUGGAAGCCCGAAUCAAUCACCUGGAGUAUCGAUGGCAUGGUAAUCCGUACCCUCAAGCGUGACAGCACGAUGAACGACACCACCCACCAAUACAACUACCCUUCAACACCUGCCCGUGUCCAACUCUCCCUUUGGCCUGCCGGUCUAUCCACUAACGGGGAAGGUACCAUUAACUGGGCCGGAGGUCUCGUGGACUGGAAGUCUGAAGAUAUUCAGAAAAAUGGUUACUACUACGCAGCCUUUGAUUCCGUCUCCAUUGAAUGCUACGACCCCCCAAAGGGCGCCAAGGUCGAAGGUAGCAAGUCUUACAUCUAUACCGACGACAGCGGUAGCGAAGGCUCCGUCAAGGUCACCAACGAUGACACUGUUCUAAAGUCCUUCUUGGGCAACGGCAAGGACAUGGACAAGGACUAUCCAAGCCCUACCAAAGGAUCACCUGCUCCAUCUCAAACCAGUGAAGUGGCCGUGAUUCCUGGCCUUAGCGGCGCCGGUCCCGGUCUUGACGGCAAACGCCCAGGUGACGGUGGAAACAGUGGUAACAAUGGUAACGGCGGCAAUGGCGGCAACGGCGGCUCUAACCCCUCUUCACCCCAACAGACCGGCUUCUCCCAGGGCAACAUUGGCGGCAACUCAAGCGGUGCUUCUGCUCCCGGCGACCAGGUCCUCCAUGGCUCGCUAUUCGCGGUCUUCGUUGCCAUUAUGGCAUUAGUAACUUUGUAA